CCCCGGCCGCUCCACCUCCACUCCUCUUCUCGGACAGUCCACACCGCCGUCGCCGCUCGCGGGAGCCAUGCGGGCCCUAGUCUCCCCGGCCCCAGCCGCCGCCGCAUUCCUCCCGCGGACCCCGGGCCCCGGCGCGAGCCCUCGAGGGGCCACAGCGCUCUCGCGGCACCGCUCCUCUUCCGGUGGCCGCGCUGUCGCCGCCGGGGCUGCUGCCACUGGUGACCACUGGGGCGCCGACGACCAGCAGCACCGCCGGGAGCAGCAGCAGUACCGCGGCGGGGCCGGCAGGGGCGGCACCAGGCGCGCGGGGCCGAGCGUGCAGUGCGACGUGGACGUGGUGUCGUGGCGCGAGCGGCGGGUGUUCGCGUCCGUGGCGGUGGCCGCCGACGUCGACACCGUGUGGCGCAUCAUCACCGACUACGAGCGCCUCGCCGACUUCGUCCCCAACCUCGUGCACAGUGGAAGGAUUCCGUGCCCGCACGAGGGCAGGAUAUGGCUGGAGCAGAGGGGGCUGCAGCAAGCGCUCUACUGGCACAUCGAGGCCCGCGUCGUGCUGGAUCUCCGGGAGGUCCCGGAUGCCGUUGAUGGACGAGAGCUCCACUUCUCCAUGGUCGAUGGUGACUUCAAGAAGUUUGAAGGGAAAUGGUCCGUCAGGGCUGGUCCAAGGUCCGCUAGUGCGAUUUUGCUGUACGAAGUUAACGUGAUACCACGAUUUAAUUUCCCAGCAAUAUUUCUUGAGAGGAUUAUAAGGUCGGAUCUUCCUGUGAAUCUUACAGCCUUGGCUUUCAGAUCUGAAAAAAUGUAUUUAGAAAACCAUAAAUUUGGACCUACAAAAUUUACCGGUGCAGAGUCCAAGCCACUUAACUUGCGUAGUGCAACAGUCGAGAAUGAUGUCAUCCCCUCUAGUAAGUUCAAAGAAGCGCCUGCCUCUUCCGGUUUUGGUGGUGUGCUUGCUUCACCCCCUCCUGAGUUGAAUGGGAAAUGGGGUGUAUAUGGAAGUGUCUGCAGGCUUGAUAGGCCUUGUGUGGUAGAUGAGAUCCAUCUUCGACGAUUUGAUGGCCUCUUGGAACGUGAAGGGGCUCACAGGUGUGUUGUUGCUAGUAUCACUGUGAAAGCACCAGUUCGAGAAGUAUGGAAUGCACUAACAGCAUAUGAGAAGUUACCCGAGAUUAUACCAAACCUGGCUAUCAGUCGGAUUAUUCUUCGUGAUAAUAACAAGGUUCGAAUAGUACAGGAGGGCUGCAAAGGCCUACUUUAUAUGGUUCUUCAUGCCCGUGUUGUAAUGGAUCUUCGUGAGAAACGUGAACGUGAGAUCAGCUUUGAGCAAGUUGAGGGGGAUUUCUACUCGUUUAAAGGAAAAUGGCGCCUCGAACAGCUUGGAGAUCAGCACACACUGCUGAAGUAUAUGGUCGAGACUAAGAUGCAUAAAGAUACCUUUCUCUCGGAGUCUAUCCUUGAAGAGGUCAUAUACGAAGAUCUUCCAUCAAAUUUAUGUGCAAUCCGUGAUUAUGUUGAAAAGGCAGAAGCUGAGAGAAGUAAUUCCAAAGUUCACUCGGAUGCGCCAACCAAUCUAGAUACUGUUCCUUUGUAUUACACAGAAGGACGGCAGCCGGAGCAAGCAUCUGUACAUUGCUCUUCAACUUCCACAAGGCAAAGAUCAAAAGUUCCUGGGCUGCAAAAGGACAUCGAGGUCCUGAAAUCAGAACUUGGUAGUUUUAUUGCAAAACAUGGUCAGAAUGGUUUCAUGCCUAAGCGAAAACAUCUUCGGACACAUGGAAGAGUUGAUAUUGAGAAGGCUAUAACACGGAUGGGUGGGUUCAGGAAGAUUGCUACCUUGAUGAAUCUUUCCCUUUCUUAUAAAAACCGGAAACCAAGAGGUUAUUGGGAUAAUCUGGAGAACUUGCAAGAAGAGAUCAGGAGAUUCCAGAAGAACUGGGGGAUGGACCCUUCAUAUAUGCCAAGUAGGAAGUCUUUUGAGAGGGCAGGGCGCUACGACAUUGCUCGAGCCCUGGAGAAAUGGGGCGGGAUACAGGAGGUCUCCCGGCUGCUGUCGCUCGAACCGAGGCGGCCCCGGAAGCAAGCCGACCCCGACGGCGAGCUGCAGCCCGAAUCACCCAGCGCCGCCGCCGCCGCAACCAAGCACCCGAGCAGCAGCAAAGCAGACAAGGCGAGCGUGCCCCUGGACGCGCAGAAGUGGCUCCUGAAGCUCAAGGACCUGGACAUCAACUGGGUCGAGUACUGAACUGCAGGGCAGGGGACUCCGGUUGCUCCCGCCCGCCCGCCCGCAUACUUGACCAAUCCGACCUGUAAAAACAACUGUGUACAGAAAGAAAAAUAAGAAGGUGAUGCACACCGGGCUGUGGUUUUCCUGCAUGGAACGAACGCCGGUUGAGUUCUCUGCCGCCAAAAACGACUAACCGAACUAGCCCAUCUUUUUUUCGAAACGGAGAACUAGCCCGUCUUGUGUGUCAAAGCUAUAGAACUGGAGGUUUCUGCCGGGGUUACCUUUU